CUGACUUUGCUCCAUCUUUCAAGCUUAAUCUAAGCUUGAAAGUGCUGUGGCAUAAAAACACACAGGAAACUGUGCCAACUGAUAAGAUAAAAGAAGAAAAACGACUUAUGGUGUCUUAAAAGAGACUUUUGCACCCCUGGAUAUGGCUGUGUUUCUUGGACUAAAGUUUUUCUUAGUCUUGGUCCUCACAGGAUUAAAGUUAUGUGAAACCUCAGAUAAAGGCGAAAUCGCAACAGGCUUACCCACAUCCACCCCCAAUCAACAAUCACAACCUACAAACUCCUCCAGUGCUAAUGAAGGCUUAAUUGCAACAGGCUUACCCACAUCCACCCCCAAUCAACAAUCACAACCUACAAACUCAUCCAGUGCUGUUGCAGAGCACUCCACAAUCACUGUGAACACCUCGAGCACAGUCUCACCCCCACUCACGUCUACCAUGCCAGGCUCAUAA